GCCAAUUCGUAUCCUUAUCUGUCUUCUUUCUUUCUCUUUUUCGAUGGCAUGUUGUUCUUGAACCGAAAAGGAAUAUUUAAUUUCACACCUCCUUCCGCCGUCCCUCUUAGCAUGCGUUCCGCAUUCGACAUCGCAUUAAUACCUCGUCCCUCACUUUGAGAGCGCCCUCAUGCCGAGCAUAAAUCAUGGCUCUAUCAUCGGGAAUAGAUGGGAAUCUGGCGGUCCGAUCAGAGUCACUGGUGCAACAGUACCUGCAAGAAAAACCAACGGUUGAGCCUUCGUUACAGAAAUCGGUGAUUCCGGCCGUGCGGCCGCUGUCGACCUUCGAACGAGUCUUUACCACGCACGCGCCGGUUCUAGAGUCACUCCUACUCCUCAUUCCUACAGAUACUAUUCUUAAGCUCUAUCAGACCUCGUCCUACCUCCGGAACUUUCUCAGUUCGUACCCGACAGCAUGGAAGUAUCUUUCCUUCCGCUUGUUCUAUCCCUCCGGAACCCAGCCUCCAGGAGGAGCUCACGUCGUCAUCCCAGGCUCGUUGACAGCUGAUCCUGCGAAUCCGCGUCGUUCCCAACCGUAUGCCCUUGACCAGUUGCUGAUGAACGUGCUGGUGCCGUUUAGUCCUUGUUUGACGAUGUUGGAAUUGGAUAACACGGCGGUAUCCGGGCAGAUUCUCAUUUCAAUCGUGUUGCAUUCACGAAGGGAGACUUUGGAGCAUCUCUCUGUGCGCGGGUGCAAGAAUGUUUCGUUGAAAUAUCACAUUGUUCCCUAUCUCACAAUGUUUGGUUUGCAGUACGAUGUGGAUAUGGCGAGAAACAUCGGCAGCUCGCCGGCUACGAAACGACUGGCAUUGAAGAGUCUCUAUACGUAUCGGUGCCGUCAUCAUAGACGGCGACCUUAUCUCUCUUCAUCCCUGACGCGAAAGGAUUCAGACUCGGAACCGACGCAUGAGCUGGUGAACCUGUGUCAUAAACUGGGGAUCUGGACGGAUACGGCUUGGUGUACGACUCCGGCAGGUAGAUGUUUGAGAAGAAGGGGAUAUGUUUCUAUGAGGGUUCCACAAGGAUCUCCGGAGGUCUGGGUUGUCUUUGAUAGACUGUGGCGGUCAAAGAAUUGGAUCGGCCCGGUAGAGCAGACGGGUCGGCCUCCGAGGAGAGAUGGGAAACUGUGGGAACACGAGGAGACUGGGUGCUAUGGGGAGCCGCUAGGGACAGGGCAUGGGGGAGACUUUGGUGAGGGCAAGAUGAAGCCUGCUCACCUGCGUCAGAGCCAUAGGCAAUUUGUUGAGAAUAUCCGCUGUGACAACUGCUGCGAGACAAUUGCAGAGAGGUGUGAACAAUGCAGUAUUUUGAUGCAUUGCGUUGGGUGUCGGAAGACUCUCUGUGCAAGCUGCGCUUAUGAAAGACCCUACCCACGACUUCGACUUCGUUCUGAAUCCUCAUUAUUAUUAUCAUCUUCAUCCUCAGCAGCACCGGAGCAGAGUCUGUGGUGGGCACCGGGAGCUACUAUUUCCCCGUGUCUCAUGCACGACCCCCUAGCCCUUGAUCAUACGGAAAAUAAUGUCAACAAUGCCCCAUUCAACACCUACCCUGCUAUCAAAUUCCACUGGUGUUGUACCGAACCCAUAUUUUCGGGGGGAGGUGGAAUCAGCAUCGGAUCUCCAGGUCGAGAUGUGGACGUGGUGAGGGCUGUUCCUUUACCCAAGGGACAAGGCUGGGAGGACACAGAAUAUUCGGUCAAUGAGUGGAGCAGAACGUUUCCUAAAGAUGCUUACGGCAACCCGAACAACCCAGAUUACUCCCUGGAGACAGGGCACCUUACCAUGAUGAAGUGGCUAUUAGGAUCGCCUAGCCGGCAAGUUUCUGCCUGUCCGCGGAAUUUAUGUCAGGAGUGCUAUGAUUCCCCGCAAUGGAAGGUUCACUGUAAAUGCUGUUCCAAGCCUUUGUGUAUCGAACAUGAUCUCCGUGGUCUCCGGCUACGGAUAUGCGGAUACCGGGACCUUGCCCUGGAAAGGCUAGCGAUCCAGAGCCGCGCUGGAGCUAGUUCACAGGGCUCUAAUAAUUCUCUAGGGACUCUGAACCCAGCUUCCAGGGUUUGGCCACCGUUCCGCCCGCCGAGGGUGCCUGAUUCUACUGGCAGCAGCCUCAGCGAUGGAAAUCCCGUAGACGGCUUAAUCAACUUCGACAGCGCAGUCUUGCAAGAUCCACUAGAACCUGCUCUUCCUCGUACUAGUCGUGCUUCGCGGAGUUUCUCGGCGACUAAGUCCAUUCAUUCACGUUCAUCAUCACCUUCAUCUAUAGAAUUUGAAUCGUCUUUGGAAGAAGCUAAAUGGCAAGGGUGCCAGUCCUUCUUCUGUCCCCAAUAUCGUGCAGUUGGCGACCAGCGACAGCGGUGCAACAGUGUCCUCCGCGAGUGCACAACAUGCUCUGUCUACGUCUGCCAGGAUUGCGUCAAUGCGAAUCCCCCCUGCCGGUGCUCAUUCUGCGAGACCAAUUACCGUUGCCCAAACUGCCGGAAAGUUCGCGAGAACGACGGUAUGUGCCGGAAACUCGAAGAAGAAGAGAGAGAAAGACGCAGGAUACAAUGGAAAAAGGACAGAGACGCUCUGCAGGGGAUCAUCGAGCGGAGGAUGGCAGAUGAAAUGGCAGGGUUCGCUCAGCAGUUCUUCACCUGUCUCUAUGGUCGGUAUUCGGAAGAGACGUUUGGACAGCAGCAAUAUGAAGAUCAGAAUGCGGAGAUGAUGGAUCUGGACGAGGAAUUCUCCGCCAACUUCUUCGAUUCUAUCGGCACUGGAGUUGCCGAGGAGAUUGAAGAUGUCGAAGCAACUGGCGCGGAUGACGAGCCGUUCGCCAAUCGACCUGGUGUCGAGGACGACUCUCCGACCUUUGAUGGUUCGGACGAAGAAACUCAUGGAAUAUAACGGGUCCCCCUUACUAAUUACAGGGCUGGAGCUCGUGCUUCGUAUGCCUAUCUAUAUGCCUUAAUCCAUUCCCGGAGAAAUAGCGGCGUUUAAUGCGGACAUUUUCAUCAUUGUUUGACGUACCAUGUCGGUAUUACAAAAAAAGAAUAGGGUGUUCUAACAGGAGGGGAUAAUACUUUUCUGAUCUAGCAUGCGCUGGCGUUGAGAUCAAUGUAUGGAUGUAUCUAAUUAGCGGGUUUCUGCUUGCCAGAUCUCAGCUAGUGUACUGCGACAAAUUGAAUUAAUUGGUUUUUAAUUGAUAUUUCAUAUGAAUCUGUG